AUGCUGGAGAAGAACCCGAAGAUGGGCAAGAGGUCCAGACAGAAUCCUGGAUACAUUCACCAAGGCUUCGACAACGACCGCCUGUUCAAAUCUUCAUGCGACCACGUCCCCGGCCCAGACUGUCGGGGCUGUGACACGGCCAAUGAGGUUCAACGCGAUCCUCGAGACACUAUCGACCCCGAAAUCCACUACUGGACCAUCGCAUCCGGCAACACACUUGUCAAAGAUGCCGCUGCGCGCGAUCGGAUUGUUGCUGAACUUGGCGAGGAUUGCAUCUGCUUUGAGAUGGAAGCGGCCGGCCUAAUGAACCACUUUCCCUGUCUUGUCAUUAGAGGGAUCUGUGACUACGCCGAUUCUCACAAGAACGAUCGAUGGCAACGCUACGCCUCAGCGACUGCCGCGGCGUAUGCUAAGGAGCUUCUGGCAUACGUGCCGGCCGCAGAGGUUCAAGAGACCAAGAGGGCACUGGAAGUACUUCAAUCGGUUCAACAACAGAUCGAUAGCGUACGGCAGACGACAGUUGCAACGAAAGCGGUAACUGAUUCUAUUAGGUCUGACCUUCGUACCGAUAAGAUCAGGCGCUGGCUUUGUCCCCCGGAUGCGUCUAUAAACGCCAAUCACGCGAGGACGCUUCGACAUGAGGGGACAGGCGCGUGGCUCCUAAAAAACCCCGUCUUCCAGUCGUGGCACUCGGGGUCACGUCGGCAUUUAUGGCUCCACGGGCUCGCGGGAUGUGGAAAGACAGUUCUCAGUGCGACUGUGCUUGAUCAUCUCACGAAGCGAAACGACGGGCUUAUCCUUAGCUUCUUCGUUGACUUUAGCGACACCACAAAACAGACCUUAGAUGGAAUGCUGCGCUCGCUUGCUUUCCAACUUUAUCAAGGCGAGUUUAGCUCUGCACCUCAUCUUAAUGCUUUGUUUCAAGCAUAUCAGAAUGGCAGCGACCAACCUGCGAGAGAGGCGGUCUCGGAUAUUGUUUUCAAGAUGCUCUUGGUCCAAAGGCAGGUCUUAAUCGUCCUGGACGCAUUAGAUGAGUCGAAAACAAGGGAUGAGGUUCUCCUGUGGAUCAAGGAUGUGGUAGCCAGGCCGGAUCUGGCUCAUGUCCAGCUGCUUUAUACCAGUCGACCUGAAUCCGAGUUUCUGCGCUACAUUCCCCAUUUGAUAGGAAAGCAAAACUGCCUACCACUUGAUAAGCAGGCUAUCAACUCCGAUAUCCGAUCUUGGGUCACAACGCAACUUUCUCAACGGCGCGAUUUUACAGAGAAGCCCUUGUCCCAAGAUCUUCUGGAGAGAAUCCGGAGGAAGGUUAGCGAUGGGGCUGACGGGAUGUGA